AUGGGUAAACGUGGUCGUAAACCAAUGAAAAGUGAUUCAAAUACACGAUUAGAAAAAAGUCGUGAAAGUGCUCGACAAUGUCGUCAUAGAAAAAAACUUCGUUAUGAAUAUUUAGAAGAACUUGUUACAGAUCGAGAAAAAGCUAUUGUACAAUUACAACAAGAAUUAGAACGUCUUCGUACAAUUUGUCAAUAUGUAGAUCAAAAUGGACUUAACAAUGAAAUACGUCAAGAAUUAAUACAAUGGACGGAUGAUCCUGAGAUAGCUCCUUUAAUCAAAUAA